AUGGAAACAGAGUACCCACGUCUUAGGGAUUGGACUGUUUCAGACUUGACUCGGUUUCUUACAGCAUGUGAGGUUCCGUCCGUCGUGAUUGAAAUCAUGAAAAAUCGUGAUGGAUUAAAAUUGGAAAAUAUCUCAUCACCAUUAGAGCUAGCUCAAGAAUGUGGUAUUGAUCUCGUACAAGCAAAAUUAAUUUGGGAAAAAUUACAAACCUUCCGUGAGGACAAAGGAUAUCCAAAGGAUUCCGAGAGCCAAAUAUUGACUGAACAUUCGACUCUGGUUACUAGUGAUCAUCAACUCUCUACAUUCAUGAAUACUAAAUAUGACUCUAUGAGUUAUAUUGGAGCUGGAGGAUUUUCGACAGUGUACUACGUAGUGGAUAAAAAAACAAUGGUAAAAAAGGCCCUUAAAAUAAUUCCAGUUCCAGAUAUUGAUACGUUAAAUUCUGUACUACAGGAAUCAAUGCGUCUUCGAUUAAUUUCUCAUCCCAAUAUUGUCAAAAUAUAUUCCGUAUUUGCACCUGGAGUCAUUUCACAUGUUUGUCUGGAGUUGGAGUUGUUGAAGGGAAGUUUGUAUUCAUUGUUCAUUGAACGUAAUGUCAAAUUACCAGAGAAAAUGUUGAGAGAUAUGACAUGUCAAAUUUGUUCUGCUUUCCUAUACCUAAAGCAAGACAUGAAUACUGUGCAUGGAGAUGUAAAUCCUACUAACAUACUAGUGAGGGAAUUUGAUUUGAAGACCGAGACCAUUCAAGUUGCGUUGAGCGAUUUCGGAUUAGAGAAGGUGUUAACGAAUAAUUGUUAUGCAAUGGGAACUCAAUUAUACAUAGCACCUGAGUUGCUUGAAUCUGAAUCUAAUUGUGCUUCUAUUGCAAGUGACAUGUUUGCUCUUGGGGCACAGCUUGUUCAAUUAAUGACUCUCGAUUCCAUUACAAGCUUGACCAAAUUGUGUUUAAAUGGAACAAAUAUGAAAGAAUAUUUAUCUAUGAAGCUAGAAGGUAGUGGUUACUCUAGUGUAUUCAUUGAUUUAGUUACAUCAAUGGUACAAUUAAAUCCAGAAGACAGAAUUUCACCUCAAGAUGCAAUUCAAGUACUUCAUAAUAGCACGAAAAAAAUUGAAUUGGAUUCUAGAUUGGCUUACAUUUCUUUUCCAGGUCCAUUUGUUACCGGAAGUAAUGAUCGAUUAAUGUUGUCCCAUAGUGGUGUUGUUGCUAACACUAACAUGUCUGGCUUUGAAGAAUUUUUGACAACGCAAUAUUCUCAUAUUGAAUAUAUCUCUAAGGGUGGGUUCGGAGUUGUAUACAAAGCAUUUAAUCCAAAGAAAAGCAAGUAUGUUGCAGUGAAAGUCAUCAUGAUUCAAGACAAUUCUAGUUUCAACUUGGCAUUUCAAGAAGCGUUGAAUAUGACAAAAUUAACACAUCCCAACAUUGUACCCAUGUAUGAUGCAUUUACUCCUGGAACAACAGCGGCCAUUUGUAUUGAAAUGGAAUUAAUGAAAGGAAGUUUACAUUCAUUAUUCAUUGAAAAGAAAAUCAAGUUACCAGAGCGAAUGUUGCGAGAGAUUAUCAAGCAAGUUUGUGACGUAUUGAACUGGCUUCACACUUCUGAAAGAAAAUUACUUCAUCGAGAUAUCAAGCCAGGAAAUAUUUUAGUGAAGGAUUAUAGUUUGGAACAUGAAAGUAUUCAAGUGGCGUUGUGUGACUUUGGAUUGGCAAAAUCUAUUAAUGAUCUUACAAAUAAUACUGUUCCAGGAACCAAGUCAUUUCUUGCUACUGAAUUACUAGACUCAAAGUAUGCGGAGAAUGGAAUGUUGUUUUCUCCUGCAAGCGAUAUAUUCGCACUUGGUGUAACAUUGUAUCAGUUAAUGGCUUUAGAUAUUACCACUCUCAUUGGAGUGAAAUCUAUGGUGGAAAAUGAUAUGUGCCAAUUUUUAAAGUUGAUCUUACUAAAACAAGAUCAACACUCAUACUCCACAAAUUUUAUCAAGAUUGUUGCAUCAAUGUUGCGACCUCGACCAUCCGAAAGAAUCACCUCUCAAGAAGCAAUAGAAAUGCUUUCGCAAGAUGUACAACAAAUAGUAGAACAAUUAUCACCAGUUUCUCCUGAGUCCAGUUUUGAGGGAAACUUUGACACAGAAUCUGUUAAUUCCAAUGACAGUAAUAGUUAUGAUGAAAUUGAGCCUGUAAAAGGCGAGCCACUACAAAUCGAAGAAUUUUUGAAGAAAAAGUAUUUGACCACAGAAUUUAUAAGUUCAGGUUUUUUUGGAUCAUAUUUUCGAGUUGUAGAUGUCAAGACAGGAAAAGAAAAAGCCCUUAAAAUAAUUAACGCCAACUACAAAACCUUCAAUGUUGCGUUGAAAGAGUCCACGAAUAUGCUAAAACUAGCUCAUCCUCAUAUUUUGAAAGUUUAUGAUGUUUUUACACCUGGAACGCAGUCUUCCAUUUGUAUUGAAAUGGAGUUCACGCAUGGCGAUUUACUGUCAACGAUUAUUAACUCUUCGAUACAAAUGCCUGAGAAAAUGGUGAGACAAGUUAUUUUACAAAUAUGCGGAGCAUUAGAGUGGAUGGAACAACAUGACAUUAUUCAUAGAUCAAUCCAACCGAACAAAAUUAGAAUUAGAAGUUGUGACAUGAAUAAUCAAAUCAUUCAAGUUGCGUUAGGAGGCUUUGGAGUUUCAAGCUCCUUGGACGAGCUUUCAGAGGCGUUUAUACGUCCUUCCAUUAAUGAGUUUACAGCACCUGAAGUUGUGUAUGGGCAUGGGUUGUGUGUAGGCCCGACUACAUUCCUUUUUGAAAACAAUUUGAUACAAAAAGCAGGGCACACCUAUUCUCCAUCGAGUGACAUGUUUGCAUUUGGAGUGACCUUGUAUCAAUUAUUGACUUUUGACAGAAGUACCUUUCUUUCAGAAAUAUGUUCAAAAGAAUCCUUUCAAACCUCGGAUAUGGCUCAAUUUUUGAAAUCCAAGCUAACGUGUACAUUGUAUUCGAUGGAGCUCAUUGAAAUCAUAUCCUCCAUGCUACAUGUUCAACCUUCCCAAAGAAUUACUGCAAAACAAGUUUGUCAAUUAUUGCAAAAUCAUACUGGGAUAGAAAAGAGUGGCAUGUUGCAAGAUUGUUUAAUUUGCUAG